CCGAGUCUUUUGUUCAACGCGCUAGCCGUGGUUUAAUCAGGGGAUCAAGAAAUAUAUCUCCAAAAUGGGAGAUUCUCGAGGAGACCAGUAGCAUUGGCCGGUCUGAAAAUUCUGUCUGUGAAAUGUGGAGACUAGCUUAGACUAUCAUACAAGGAAUGGUACAUGUAUCUUACGUGCCUUAGAACUCCAGUGUGUGCAACAAUAGGUGAUUCAAAAAAGGUCCGGCAGUAGUUUACUGUGAAAACUGAUUUGAAUGCAUUAAGCACGCCAAUAGGACAAAAGACUGACAGAUAUAUUCCACGCAGCACAAUCCACAUGUAGUUUUGAAGUGUGCGUUGCGGAGCUCAGAGAGAGACAGAAAAAGAGAGAAACAGCACUACUCUGAUUAAUGAACAAUACAUAAUUACCUGCAAAAAGCUUAUUAUAUUAGCCAAGUGUAGUACAAGAACAGUGUAACUGUUGGAUGCUUUAUUUUCUGCGAGACAGUCCAAGAGUAGUAACGCUACAUGAUGUGGUGCCAGCAGAUUCUGUUGGCCAUGAUUCUGGUCAUUAUGAAGCUCAAGACCAGCCUUGGGAUGUCCUGUUUUGAUAGCAGUCAGCAUAGCAGUAAUCAGAGUUUCAGUCACCUCAAUUGUUCGGUAACAGGAACCUGUUUUAAGCAGUGGCUUAAGCCAGGGAAUGAUAUGAACCCUGGUUCUCCCACCAAACUCAAGGUGGCUCUAAUGCUCCGGAACAACACAAACAAGAGGUCGUACCCUGGAUUAGAUAUUAGGUGGCAGGCAGCAGACGACGCAUCAUACCAGUAUACCGAAGGAUUUCGUAUCCAUGCACAGUAUCUCUCCACGGGAGGAAGCGAGUGUAAAAUUUUUAAUAUAGAGAAAGCUGGUUGGAGACAGGAGGAUCAAAUCAAGAAGCCCACCUUCUUCUACCAAAUAUGGCCUCUUCCUCGAGGUGUCAAUACAGUAUUUGUGGAGGUCUGCAGCUUACCUCUGCCCAUAAGGGCCGGUCAUACCAGACCAUGUGUCGCUACUUUUAUUAGCGUACCAAGCUAUCAAUACGGUGCAGACCCCAACGUCCCGGUGGCACCAGCAGAUUGGCAAACUUCUAUUAAGUUCCGUAACGAUUCCUGUGGUAGUUUGGAUGUCAACUUCGUCCUGGCCCCAAGUAACUAUGGCUUUAAACUGUAUGAAGUCAGCCUUGUAAACAAAGAGAAAACAAAGUUCGCUGACUCAGAGCUCGUGUACGCAUCAGCUGGGAGAAAGCCGACACACGAUGUGUCAUUCAAGGACGUUGCGAAAGGGCAGUAUUAUAUCACGGUCGAGCCCCGAGACUUGGACAGAGACCGCCAGCUGCGUGGACGGUGCAAGUGUAAGAUUGCAGUUGGAUUCUGUAAAAACCACUGUGCCGUCACACAGGCAGCAGUGCCUGUCACCAUACAAGAAUGUCCCGCUACGAGACCUUUGGGGAAUAGGUCUAUAGAGACCGUUGCGAUUGCUUCCACACCUGCAGUGACCGCUCUGACUGCUUCCACAUUUGGCGGACUAUCGGGAAUUCUGCUGAUAGUUUUGGUUGUCGUCUGCUCAAGAAUGAACUCACGACUUAUCUUAAGAUUUUUAAGCUGCAACCGAGGCAGUGAUGGAGAAGACGGUACUAAUAAUUCAAAUAGCAUCCAGACUGAAGAACAGACCCUUAUCAAUGUUUCUCAAGUCGACGAGGACAGUGCGUUGACGAGAAAAAAGAGAGUAUUGAUCCUUUUCUCCGACGAGCAUCCAAAACAUACCAAGGUAGUGCUGAGUUUCGCUAACUUUUUGCAAGCUGCCUGCUACUGUGACGUCAUUCUGGAUAGGUGGCGCACCCGAGAAAUAUUUAGCGAGGGAAAGACGACCUGGUUAUCCAAAAACAUCGAAAAUGCGGAAUGUGUCCUUGUUGUCAGCUCUGAGGGAGCUUACAGACGAUUCCAUGCACGCCUCCAGGGACAGUGUUUUGACUCAUUGGAAAAUAAUAGUCCCUUGUCAGACAUGUUUUUACACGGCCUUUCUAUGCUCCGCCAGCGGUAUUUUACAGAGCACGACUACAGCAAGUAUAUCAACGUAAGAUUUACCUACACCCCUGCUGCCUUCUCUAUUCCCGACAUGCACAACAAUGUCGUACUCAUGGACCAUAUUGAUGAUUUGUUCUUCCACAUUCAUGGCAUUGAGAAAUUCGAUUACGGUGUAAAACGCACUGUAGAAAGAAUAAACCGAGACGAAUAUUUUGCCGACCCUACAGAAAAUCCUGAAGGAGUAAACCUCCACAACGCUUUACGAGAGGCAACGGAUUUUUUCAAUGACCACGAAGACUGGUUUGGUGAUCAACAGUUUGAAUUAAAACCACUGAGACGCGGUGCUCCUUAUGGCCGUCUAGACUCGGGGAUUGAAUCAUUUUCUAUUGGAGAGGGCGAGGAAUCAGCUGGUUUGUCUGUUAGCUUGAGUGGCAGCAGUGAAUGUGACGACGCUUUUGUCUCAGCCCAAGACGAUAUAUCUUCAUCCAGAAGAGACCCGAAGGCAACUUCCAACGAGCAGUCAUCGUGCGAUAGGAACCAACUGCCACUGGUAUGUUCUGCAGCAAAAACUUACAAUACACCAAAUUACACCGCUGUUGGCAACGUUUCAUUCCCAGUAUCUAUACCUCUCCAGUCCCCACAAGAUAGCUACAACCCGUGCGUUGAUAAUCAUAAACCAGAACCACGUGUUUCCAUUCCUUGCCAACACCCUCAGAAACUCAUCCCGCCAGAUUUAUCUUUCACAGCUGACAUUACACCCGAUCCACCAAUAAUGUUCAUUCCACCUGUAUUUGACGACAAUCAGAGUAAGACAUUCAGUCAGAUUGCCAAUGACAUCAAUGCCGAGUGUGAAGGGGAUUUUCUCACCUAUGCUGGUCCGUAUGAAAAUGAAAUGACGGAUGAAGAAACGAAUCAUGAAGAUUGCAUCUCACUACAAAGCGUUGGUGGUGCAAGUGUUUAA